AUGACUGCGUUGCCUAAUAUGAAACGUUUCUUUAUAUUCGUCGUGGUGAUUCUGGCGGGCAUCAAUUCUAUCACCAAUUGUUAUAAUAUACCUCCGUCGUGUGCAAAAAAUUCGACCGAUGCGUGCAAGUUAAUUCAUGAAAAAUUCUUACAAACGAAUGCUACCAAUGCUACUACCUGGGAAGAGAUUAGCGCUUGUUUUCGAUCAUUCCCGUAUGACUUGAAUGUUGCGAAAGAGACAAUUGAGACGUUGAAAGGAUUAUUCGGUAGCUUUUACCCGUUUCUCGAUGAAGCGAAGGAAGAACCGAAACCCGGAUUUACGUUCAAGCCCAUAAAUUUGACGGUCGAACUUGAUCGUUUGCUAGAGAAAAAAUAUGAAACCGAAAUUGAAUUUUUUACUGACGCAGCCUCGGUUAUAAACUCUUUGUCGGAUGCGCACAGCCAGCUGUUAAGCUAUUGUUAUGAAAUAUUUCUAUUUGACCAAAAAUUAUCGUUGUAUUCCAUUGUACGAGACGGAAAGCAGAUAAUCGAAGUAUUCGACGACUCGGUUGAUCCGAGCAACGUCAACUGUGAAGUGGUUAGCAUUGAUGGCCUUCCCGCCCUAGACGUCAUCACCCAAUUCGCACUUAAAAAUAUUGGGUGGGCUAGGGAUCUGGGAGGAGGGGUCCUUCAGGCAUCCGAGUAUUCGGAAUUGUUCACCAGAAGAGGACAGCUACCACCGACCCCCUACAUCUCUUAUACUCUCAAUUGUGGCGGAAAUCAUUUGAAACAGGUUAAUCGCAGUUGGACAGUUGAAACUGGACGCGAAGUGUUAGCCAAUUUUACGGACUCUGAGUCGUAUCGUAAAAAGUUCUGUUUGAAGCAUAACAGUGCCGAUAAUGGCACCAAUUCUGGCUUUUUCACAAAAUCCGCUGUGCAUACUCGUCGGUCUAAGCGUAAAAUUGACGUGCCAUCAUUGAGCGAAGGGGAACUGAUAGUUGACGCUAUCAUUGCUAGGUUUUACAUUGUACGCGAUGUUGGAGUGGCCGUGAUUUCAACGGAAGACGUUUCGACUUUUAACAAAACUCAAAUUUAUACCGUGUUAAUCAAUCUAAAUGAAGGAUUCCGAUCGUUUGCAAAGAGAAAAAUAGAGAAGGUUGUCCUUGAUUUGAGUAACAACGGGGGUGGUACCAUUGCGGUGCUCCAAUACAUCGUUCUGCUCUUGUUUCCCGACAUCACACCCAGUUUUCCAUAUGACGAACGACUCACGGAUCUUUACAGGCUUGCCACUGAAAUUACAUCUGCCAACUUGUCCUUAACUUCAGGUGCUCCAUUUAAUUAUCAUGAGUAUGUAACAACUGAGAAUAACCAAAAUUUCACUUCUAUCCAACAAUUCUUUGGCAAUAACUUAUUUACGCGAGGCGGCGUACAGGAUAGUUAUUCCUCGAAAUUCUUUCUUAAUCUCGAAAGCACAUUAAGAGAGAUUCUUGUUGAGGUACAGGGACCAAACGCUCCACCACUAAAUUGGACACGUGACAAUAUCAUUAUUUUGACAAAUGGAUUUUGCGGAUCUGCAUGCGCUAAUCUGGCUCAGUUAUUGGUAGAAAAGAAACAAAUAAAAACGGUAGCUGUUGGAGGUUUACUGUCACAAGAGCAGCUCAGUUAUUCCUCAUUCCUUGGUGGAUUCGUAUUCACAUCUGAUUGGAUCUUUGCGACAUUAAAUCAAGUUGGUCUAAAUCAUUCCAGCAAUAGUUUAGUGCCUAAAGAUUUUUUCCUGUGGAUGUUUGCAACUUUACCAUUAAAUGAAGUCUAUAGUAGUAUACUUAAUGACACG